AUGUCUCUCCUUGACGAGAUUUCCAAGCUAACAACACCUGCAGCAGCUCUUCCAGACAUUGAAGAUGAUGAUUAUGAUGGGACUUCCGCGCGAAAAAUUGUGCCGAAAAGCAAAGCGAAAUUCCCGCAAAUAAAUUUUGAGGAGGGAAAGUAUGCAGGAAAAAAGGUUUCGAGAAGUGAGAUUUUUGGUGAUUCAACAGAAAUGAGUGGGUUAGGAAGGAAGGUUGAGGAUUCUGAUGAAGGAGAAGACGAGGAAGAUGAAGAGGAGGAGGAGGAAAAUGUUAGUGAAAUUGAGGAAGGUUCUGAAGAAGAAGAUGUUGAUGACGAAGAAGAAGGAGAUUCUGAAAAUGAUGAUGAAGAGGAUGAGGAAAAUGAAAAUGAAGAAGAGAACACUGGAAUAACAACUCUUCCAAUUGAAGUUGAUCAAAGUAAUGAUAAAGCCGAAUGUAUUCAAAAUCAGCGAAAAGUUUGGGAUGAUAUUAUGUAUACGAAUAUUCGAAUUCAUGCUUUAUUAAAUGCAACAAAUCAAAUGCCACGUGGAGAAACAAGAAAACAAUUGAUGAAUUCGGCAGAUGAACAGACAAAACAAAACAUUGCAAAAUCGAUGAAAAAUGUUGCAAAACUUAGGCAAUUAUUGAAAGAAGCUUGUGAAUGUUUUGCUGAAAAAACUGGGGGAGAUGAUGAUGAUGAUGACGAGGAAAUUCCGAGUGAUGAAGAUAUUGGAGAUUUGAAUAGUGAUUUAGAAGAUGAAGAUGGAGAGGAUGAAGAAGAGGAUGAAGAGUGAGGGUUUUUUUUUGAAUUUCCCAUCAGUUACAGAAAUUUUUGCAGAUCUGAAACCCCGAAAAAAUCCGCAGUUGAGCAAGGAGUUAGUGUUGAAGGACUUGGAAAAUUCUUGAGAAAACACGAUGAAGAUUUUGACAAAUUCAGGUACUUUGGGAUUUUUUGAAACAUUUUCCUAAAUAUGCAAUAUUUUUCCAGAGCUACUACAAUUACAAAAUGGUAUAAUCGAACUAAAUUAUUGAAUGCGAAAUCGGCAAAUAAUGCGGAUUUCAGUGGUUUUGAAAAAGGAAGUGUUUUGAGUCAAAUCAGUAAAGUUCUUAAUGAUGAAGGCAAAUUGUUGAAAAAAGUUCGAACAAUUCGAAGUGGAAAUGCGAGAAUAGGAGCAGAAGAAACAAAUUCGCAAGGAAUUGAUAAUGAAAUCUUUGAUGAUAAUGAUUUCUAUCAAAUUCUUCUCAAACAAAUGAUUGAAUCACGAAACAAUACAAUGAAUACAUCUGAAGAUGGAGCUGAUAUGACAAGAAGUUAUAUGGAAUUGCAAAAUAUGUUUAGUAAUAAUAAGAAGAAGCGAGAUGUUACUGCGUUGUCGUCGAAAGAUCGGAAGUUGAAAUAUGAACCGAUCGCGAAGUUGAUCAAUUUUUAUCCAGCCAAUCCGUCGGUUGUUACAUGGAGUCACGAAUCGAGAAAUGAGUUGUUCAAAUCACUGUUUUCUUGA